AUGAAUAACAGCAUUGCUGGGAGACCACUUAAUGAAGAUGAUGAGGAAGAUGAAGUUAAUGAGGAUGGACUUGAAGCAUGGGAGAGAGCUUAUACAGAAGAUAGAUCAUGGGAGUCUUUGCAGGAGGAUGAAUCUGGACUUCUUCGUUCUAUUGAUACUUCAGCCGUUCAACAUGCUCAGUAUCGUAGGCGCCUUCGCGCCCUUGCUGCAAAUGCAGCUACUGCACGGAUUCAAAAGGGUUUGAUACGAUACUUAUACAUUGUUGUCGACCUGUCCAAGGCAGCUUCAGAGAGGGACUUUCGACCUAGUAGAAUGGCUGUGAUUGCAAAGCAGGUUGAGACUUUUAUCAGGGAGUUCUUUGAUCAGAAUCCACUUAGUCAUGUUGGUUUGGUGACUACCAAAGAUGGGGUUGCUAGCUGCUUGACAGAUCUUGGUGGCAGUCCUGAGUCCCACAUCAAAGCUUUAAUGGGUAAACUAGAAUGCUCAGGUGAUGCCUCCCUACAAAAUGCACUAGAUCUUGUGCAUAGCAAUCUAAAUCAAAUCCCAUCAUAUGGCCAUCGAGAAGUUCUGAUUUUAUAUUCGGCCCUCAGCACCUGUGAUCCCAGUGAUAUCAUGGAAACUAUCCAGAAAUGCAAAAAGGGAAAAAUGAGGUGCUCUGUCAUUGGUCUUGCUGCUGAAAUGUUUAUAUGCAAGCAUCUUUGCCAAGAAACUGGAGGAACGUACUCCAUUGCACUGGAUGAGUCCCACUUUAAAGAGUUAAUUCUAGAGCAUUGUCCACCACCUCCAGCAAUAGCAGAAUAUGCUACUGCUAAUUUGAUUAAGAUGGGUUUCCCACAAAGAGCGGCUGAGGGCUCUGUUGCAAUUUGUACAUGUCAUGAAGAGGCUAAGACAGAAGGGGGAUACACUUGUCCAAGAUGCAAAGUGCGUGUUUGUGAGCUUCCUACCGAAUGCCGCAUCUGUGGAUUGACCCUUAUUUCUUCACCUCAUUUGGCAAGGUCAUAUCACCAUCUCUUCCCUAUAGUGCCGUUUGUGGAGAUCUCUGCAUCAUUUCAAAAUGAUCCAAGCCACAGGUUUCCCAACACUUGUUUUGGUUGUGAAGAAAGUCUCCUUAGUCAGGGAAACAAGCCUGAACUUUCUGUCUAUUGUCCAAAAUGCAAACAACAAUUCUGCUUUGAUUGUGACAUCUACAUUCAUGAGAGCUUACAUAACUGCCCAGGCUGUGAGAGUUUCAGGCAUUCUAAGUCAAUUACUACUGCCCAAUGA